AGGUGUCCAACAUGGCGAACGCGGCCAGCGGAGCUCUUGCAAGUCUCCUGCUAUUAUCUACGAUUGCGGCGGCUGUUCUUCAAGGAGCAGCUCAGUAUCCAGUCCAAAGCCAGAACCUGGUGACAGACAACAUCUCCGUGGUGGAGGGGGAAACGGCCACUAUCAGCUGUCGAGUCAAAAAUAACGACGACUCCGUCAUCCAGCUCCUGAACCCCAACAGACAGACCAUCUACUUCAGAGAUGUCAGACCCUUGAAGGACUCUCGCUUUCAGCUGGUCAACUUCUCAGACAACGAGCUGCGCGUGGCUCUGUCCAACGUGUCUCUCUCGGAUGAGGGCAGAUAUGUGUGUCAGCUCUACACGGACCCUCCACAGGAGGCCUACGCCGACAUCACUGUGCUGAUCCCACCAGGCAACCCAAUCAUCGAGUCGCGUGAGGAAAUUGUAAGCGAGGGCAAUGAGACGGAGAUGACCUGCACAGCUAUUGGCAGCAAACCAGCUGCCACCAUCAGAUGGAUGAAGGGAGACAGAGAGCUGCAAGGAAAGUCCAAAGUGGACAUCACAUAUGACAGGAUGUACACUGUAACCAGCUGGGUAAGGCUCACUGUUACAAAGGAGGAUGACGGUAUUCCUGUUGUCUGCAUCGUGGACCACCCAGCAGUCAAGGACUUUCAAGCUCAGAAAUACCUGGAGGUGCAGUAUAAACCAGAGGUGAAGAUUGUCGUGGAGUUCCCUCAAGGACUAACCAGAGAGGGGGAAAACCUGGAGCUGACAUGCAAGACCAAAGGCAAACCAGAGCCUCAGCAGGUGAACUGGGUGAAGGUGGACGACGACGUGCCAUCUCAUGCCGUCAUCACCGGCUCGGAUCUCUACAUCGAGAACCUUAACAAGUCCUACAACGGUACUUACCGAUGCGUGGCCUCGAACUCGGUGGGAGAAUCCUAUGAUGAUUACAUCCUCUACGUGUACGAUGCCCCCACCACCACCCCUAUACCCACUACAGCCACCACCACCAUGUACACCACAACCUCUCUCCCAGGUAUCACCCAAGACGCUGCGCCCAGCACUGAACCCGCUGCUCACGACUCCAGAGCAGGAGCAGGAGCUCAAAGAGCGGUGGACCAUGCCGUCAUCGGAGGGGUUGUGGCCGUAGUGGUCUUCGCCAUGCUUUGUCUUCUUAUCAUUUUGGGCCGAUACUUCGCAAGACACAAAGGUACCUACUUCACACAUGAAGCGAAAGGGGCAGAUGACGCGGCUGAUGCUGAUACGGCCAUCAUCAAUGCUGAAGGUGGACACAACAACUCGGAUGAAAAGAAGGAAUACUAUAUCUGAUUGUACAAAUCUCUGGUUGUGUUAUUAAUAUUAUUAUUAUUAUUAUUAAUAUUAUUAUUAUUAUUAUUUUGGUUUUUUUUUUUUUUGGAAGGUUGGGAUGGGAGGGGCAUGGAGGGGUUAAGAAUGGGGAAUGUUUUUUUUUGUUUUAUUUUUUUGUUCUUCUUCCUGGGGAUUGAAUGAUGUAGACUACAUGGACACCUGAGAUGAUUUAGCCAUUGUCUUUGAAGAGCCGGAGCUGGUGGGGAUAAAGGGUUAGUGGUCAGGGGAUGGAGGGAUGGGAUGGGAUGGGAAGGGAAGGGCUGUGGUUGCCAGAUGUUACCAUGUAUCACUCUAUAAUGCUUCACCAUUGAACACCUCCCAAACUGCUGGUACUCUUUUAUUUUUUUAUUUUUCUUCAGUUCUGACCAUUUGCAGAAACUUCUGUGCCUUGUUCUGAAUUUCUUUUCUCUGUCAAGCUUUUGGUUUUGAACUCCUGACUGUCAUGCUUCCCCACACAUAAUCGCGCCCCGUACCUUUAUCUGUGUUCCUUUUACCAGUGUCGCAGUCUGCUUUCCUAUGAGGGUAAAUAUACACAGCGCCUCAAGACACUCCUGCACUGUGUAGGCAUCAAGUUCUUCUACUGCAAACCAAAAUCCCAUCAUAUCCUUCUAUACUGUGAGAAGGCCAGGUUAUAUGGCAUCAUUUCUGCAUCCUUUUAGUAAAUCCAGAACAUGUGCAUCACCUUUUAAAUAUCAAAGAAUUCAAAUGAGGAAAAGUAAAAGUAUGACAUGUUAACGACCAUCCAAUACUACUCGGUUCUACGUUAGUACUAUAGCGGAGGACUGCACCUGUUUCUAGCCUGGCAGGCCUCUCUGCAUUGCUACAAAAUGCUUUUUUUAAAAUUAUUUUAUUUUAAUAUUGCCUCGUUUUCAUCAGUUUGUUUUUCAAAUUACAUGUGCCAGUACACUUGAGGCAUUGCUACUCGUCUGGAAUGUGCAGACGUGCAGGCGAAUUAUUUUCAUCUUGACAUGCUGCACUUACAGAGGCACGUUGUUUGGUUGCACUCAGCUAGAUGGUGUUGAAAGCCUUUUGUGGAUAUUUAUUGCUUUGGUAUAAUGUUGUCUUGUGUUUUUUUUUUUGUUUUUGUUUUUUUUUUAAAGCUAUUUCAUCUGGAAAUGUUGAAAAAAUCCAUAAUGGCAAAAUAAUUGUCAUAACAUAAAAAAAGGUCAAAUGCUUUUAGGCUUUUUUGUCUUUCAAAUUAGAUGCUCUAGCUUUCUUGAGCUGGUGGUGAUGGUCCUGUAGCACAUGCUUAUCUGACUACCUAAAAUAUUGUCAACGCAAACUGUGGGUCUGUUAGUAGGUUUUAGAUUUUGGUUUCAGUAUAUACGACUUGACGGUGUAGGAUGCAACCAAGAUGUUACUUUUGGACUGUGGGAUGUUCUAUAAUAUCAUUAUACUACCUAAGGACAAAUCUUAAAACAGCCAAAUAUGUUUCCUCAUGUAGACAUUGUAGUUAUGUGGUAAAGAUGACGAGCCCCAGCCGUGAUACGGUACAUAUCAAUCUGCUACAUUUGACUUCAAUGAUUACCUUUAGCUUUAUUAGCAGUGCAGCUAAUCUGAGUGCUGACAAAAUUUUGUUAAAAGUAACUGAUUAUAUUAUUAAAGAUACAGACAAAUUAUUGCUAACUUUGUUCAGAAUUCAGUUCCAAUCCUCCACAUUCUCUACAUAUCAGCCUACCUGAUUGGCUCUGUUGGAUUAGGAUUAGAAUUGAAUUCUCGAGGAAAUGGUUGGUGAUUAAUGAUCUAGACUAAACAAACUAAAACCAUUCAAAACAUACGUAAAUACAUUACUAUGUUCCUGCUACAAGGUAUAAAUAGAUAUUUCCAUAAUGGACUUUGUUUAGCUUUGGUCACAAGUCUGUUCUUUUCGAUUCACACAUUUCAUUUGUACAUUUGCAUAAAGACCAUACCAUUUUACUGAUUCAGGGUUUAUUUAGACUGGAUCAGUGUAGAUUUUGUUAAACUCGAUAUAUUAGUUGUAUGUAUGUGAAUUGAGAAAUUGGCAUUUUGGAGCAAGUCCUUUCUUUUUUACAAUAAAAAUCAAUAAACGACUAAAGUCAAAGCUUUAUAAAUUGGCCCUGGCCCUCAGCUUCACUUCACCAGCAUGACGGAAAACACGGCCACAAAUUGUUUGAAAGCUGCCAACAUGCCGCUCAAAUAUGAAAGGGUCAGAUAGGAAGUUGGGCAAAGUGUGUAGAUACCGAACAACAGGAACAUUGAUCUAGGAAUUCCCAGACGGUUUAGUAGAAUUGAUCAGCCCCUGCGAUGUAUAUAUGCACAUCAUUAAUUUAACUCGCACUGUCUUUCACCUUCUGUAAAUUACACUUUAUCGCUGAAGCUAACAGAAUUCAAAUGCGCCAAACACACUAGUGUUUUCUGCUGUCUCUCUGACAUCUGGUUUAAAAAACAAAAACAAAAAACAAAAAAAAGAAGAAAGCAGGGCCUUCUUCCAAGCGCAUCCUGUACCCUCUGGAUGAAGAAAAAAAGCUUCAUUUCACGUAUGUGAAAAUAUAUAUAUAGGCAUCUGUAGCUCAGCUGACAAAAGUGUAUGUGAAUGUCGUUUUCCAGAACUCCGACUCUUCCUCUCAUGUCAAGUGCAAACCAAUCAGUUUAAAGCUGAGGGUACUUUUUAUGAAGUUAUGGUUUUUGCUCGUCACAUUGUGCUGUUGAGUAGACACCAUGCCCUGCUGACCUCUUGUGUGUAAAUAGGACAGAUGAGGUUAAGGACAAAUCACUGUCAUGCUUUGCUAUAUUUUGUUAUUUAAAAAAAAAAAUACACCUUCGCUAAACUUUCAGUAUGUAUUUGACCAUUAGAAAGCUUCUUUAUUCUUAAUAUUUUAAAGCACAGUACAGAAAGAAUGUCUUACAGCUCCAAGGUGUAAGUAGAGAUGUGCGAUUGUGUGACUUUUCCAUAGUGGACUUCGUUUAGCUUUGGUCAAAAGUCUGGUGGCUUCAAUUCACGUAAGAUCUCCGAGUCCAUCGUCGACAUUCGCAUAUGUGGAAAACGAAAAACAUACCGUUUUAUUGAUUCAGUGGUUGUUUAGACUGGGCCGGUGUACAUUUUGUUAAACUUGAUAUGUUAGACCUAUUUUAAAUGUGUCAGUUGUGGUCUUUUGAGGACUUGAAUGUCCAAAAUAGGACUCUAUGGAAAUGCAGCGUUGUGCAAAAUUGUUGUUUUUAAACACCUCCAUUUUUGUCUGUUAUUUGUAUAGUGGAAGAAAAAAAAAGGUCCAAAAACCGCGAACUGCCUGUGGUGAAGUGUGAAUUUGGGAAUUUUGAUUUUUGCGCAUUUUGUCUUCUUUUAUAUGGCUACAUUCGUUAUUUCCACUGAUUUUGAUGCCCCCUUGUUAAAUAGUGCAACAGUGUUAAUGAUGUAUUUUGAAUUGAAAUUAAUUUCUUACUUGAUUUUUAAGUUGAUUCUACCCUGCCUCAGGUUCACUUACAACAAACAAAAGCUAUGUUUGCAUCUCAGGUAGAUUGCAACAUUGAGCCCCUUUUCAUUAACGAAGUAAAUAAGAAUUAAUCGGAAGAAUCAGAAGACGUGAGAAAAGAAACGGUGAAAUUUUGCAUUACAGUUGUACAUUUUUAUGUAGUUCUUUAAUAUUUGGUGCACUGUACACAAAAUGUUGAGUAUUAAUUUCAGACCUAGUUUACAAAGAAACAACUGCUGAAAGAUAUCAAAAGACAGAAAGACAAGCAUCAGUUACAAACGCCACAUAUUUAUCAGUCUGGCUCCAGAUGGGUUGGAUCACUUGAACGUUUUGGAUGUUUAUCACCCAUACUGUAGUUUUAGGUUCAUUUAUUUUUUUAUUAUUUUUUUUGUCUUUCUGCUGUACUUGGGCAAUGUUACUGUGUAUUAAUGAAAACAAAAAAUAUCCACAUUCCCAUGCACAUUUUGUAUUGGUUCAUUUUAGACAUUUUUACAAAAAUGGAGAGUUCUUGUCUUAAUAAAAAGAAAAGAUAUUAAUGUUCAAAGU